UACAAUAUCAUGUUGCUUUCCUCUCCUAACAGCAUGCUUGCUGAAAAGUUGAAUAUGACUCCAGAAGAAGCAGAAAGGUGGAUAGUUAAUCUGAUCAGAAAUGCAAGAUUGGAUGCUAAAAUUGAUUCCAAGUUGGGUCAUGUGGUUAUGGGUACCCAGGCUCCCUCUGUUUACCAGCAAGUAAUAGAGAAAACUAAAGGCAUUAUGUCCCGCACUCAAGAACUGGCUCGUAACAUUGAAAAGAAACUCAAUGUAGACAAGAUGGGAUAUGAUGGGGGUCCAUGGGACGCAUACGAUCCUUCUGGAUUCUUCAAGCCCUAAACAAUCUAACACUUACACUUUUUAGUGCCAAGUUUACGUGUACAUCACAUGCAAACUGUAAUCUCUUAAUACAGUGUAUAACAAAUCAUUAUUUACUGAUCUCAA